CCCUAGUCCCUGUCAGUAAAUAGCACAGAACACAAGACAGAUCUGCCAGCAAACAAAAAUAAACCACCCUAUGUUGUAGCCAAAGCGAUGGAGACAUCAUAUCGGUUCUGAACCUUCUAAAUCUUGACCUGGAAUAAUUUUUGGACACCACUGGUCUUUAUCUCAGUGCUCAGAUAAGGGGUGCAGACAUCCAGAACAAGAGUCCAUGGAUGUGGAGUUGCUGCACGCUGCUCAUGCAGAACACGGCUCACUUCUGCUCAUGCAGCUGGAGAGGAUGAGAGCAGCUGAGGAGCUCACUGAUGUGGUGCUGCUGGCAGAAGGGAUUCCCUUCCAUUGCCACAAGGUGGUGCUGUCUGCAUUCAGUCCAUAUUUCCAGGCCAUGUUUACAUGCGGUCUGAAGGAGACCCGAGGAGGAGAGGUGCCUCUCAGAGACAUUCCUGCCCAGAGCCUGGAGCUGCUCCUGGACUACAUGUACCGUGCUGAGCUCCCUCUUUCCAACAACAACAUCCAGGCCGUGGCUGCUGCGGCCUUCCUGCUGCACAUAGAUGGAGCCUUCAGGUUGUGUCAGAGCCAUAUGGAGGCCCGCAUGGACCCAUCAAACUGCAUCGGUUUGUACCACUGGGCCAGAGACCUGGGGGCAACCGGUCUGGCUGAUGGUGCCUUGAAAUACCUCUAUCAACACUUUUCAAGGGUUUGUGAGGAAGAAGAAGUGGUGGAGCUGGACGCCCAGAGUCUUGGGGAUCUGCUGGGCUCAGAUGACCUCAACAUAUCGCAGGAGGAGGCUGUGCUGGAGCUGGUGCUGCGUUGGGUGGAGAGGCGAAGGGGUGACUCACAAAGCGAAGCCCAGGCCGUGCAGUUACUCCGGCGCGUUCGACUGGAGCUGGUAGACCCUGGAUUUCUCCGUAAAGCUAGGAGGACAAACCCGGUGCUGCUACGGGAUGCUGAAUGCUUUGGGAUGAUUGAUGCUGCUCUCCAGACCUCAGGUCUCUGUGAAUCGUCAGCUCCACCUCGUCCAGCUCUUCGCUAUGGCAUGGAAACAACUGACCUGUUGCUCUGUUUGGGCGGAAUAAAUACGGAGGGAGUGCCUGCCCGACGGGGAGGAGUUGCAGAUCUCUGUUUUUGCUUUGACACCCGUGGUAGAAAGAUCUACUACAUCCCCUCUCCACUGAGGGCCUGUGGAGGUAUGGGACAGAUCACAGCAGGAGUAGUGACCAGAGACAAUAAUAUAGUGGUGGCCAUAGAGGCAGAAGACCAACACAGAAUCAAAAGGGUUGAUUUCUACAGGUACGAUAAUUCAGAGGAGAACAGCUGGGUGGAGUUAUGCUCAGCAGCAUACAGGGACAUGUAUGCUUUAGGGCUGGUAGGCGACUGCCUCUAUUUAAUAGGUGGUCAGAUGAAAGUGCACAAUCAUUACAUAAUCACAGACAGCGUGGAGAGAUGGUCGCUGAAGAGAGCAGGGAGCUGGCUCAGCUUUGCUCCGCUGCCGCUUCCUUUAGCCUGCCAUUGUGCCGUGAGCCUAAAGGAGCAUCUCUAUGUGCUGGGCGGCUGGACACCACAGGAUCUGCCAGAUGAUGAGCCUGACAAGCUGAGUAACCGUGUGUUUCAGUUUGACCCUGGCAAAGACAGGUGGACAGAGUGUGCCAGGAUGAAGUACUCACGGUACCGCUGUGGCACAGCUGUUCUCAGUGGAGAAAUCUACAUAUUAGGUGGUAUAGGCUGUGAUGGAGAGGACCGUGGACAAUCACGGCGCUGUUUGAGCUCUGUGGAGAUCUACAACCCAGACACAGACACCUGGAGAGCCGGACCAACCCUCCCCACAUCCCUACUCGCCCUUCGAACCAACGCCUCCAAUAUAGGAGUAGUGGAGGGAAAGCUUUACCUCUGUGGAUACUACAAGGGGGCCGGCCGUCAUGAGAUCAUCACCAAGGAGAUUUUGGAACUGGACCCUACGGACAAUGUGUGGACGGUGGUGGAAAGACGAGCAGCCAUGCACGACAGCUAUGACGUCUGUCUAGUUGCUAAUCUCAAUCCUCGAGGCCUCUUCACACCCUAACAGAUCUCCUCCUGACUCUGAGUAACAACGCUAGGGCUCAGUAUAUGUGAGAAGUGAACAUCUGUUCAUUAAACGUCAUAAAACUUCAUCUAAA